AUGACCGACACACGCCCGCUCACACGCAUCGCGGUCAUUGGCGCCGGUGCGUCCGGCCUCGCGACGCUCGCCCAGCUCAAGGAGGUAUAUGCCCGGCCCAAGGUCGCCGCCGAGACGCGCGUCGAGAUUGUGGGGAACUACGACCCAAACCCCACGCCGUUCCUCCGCGCCGCGCGCACAGUAGACGGCGGCAAGACGCAGCUGCUGCCCUAUCCCGCGGGCAACGAGGCCCCGACGCCCGUCUACGACGGGCUGCGGACCAACCUCGCCGGCGGGAUCAUGCAGUUUCGCGGCUUCCCCUUCCCCGAGAGCGCGCACCUCUUCCCCACGAGCGAGCAGGUACUGGCCUACCUCGAGGCGUACGCCGAGGCGAAGGACCUGCUGCGUCACAUCCGGUUCUCGACACGCGUCGAGCGGCUCCGGCUCACGCCGACCAGCGGGGCGCGGCGCGGCGGCCGCCGGUGGGGCAUCACGUCCAGCAACACUGCGAGCGGGACGACCACGUCCGAGGAGUUUGACUACGUCGCCGUCGCGAAUGGGCACUAUGCGGACGGGUACAUCCCGCCGAUUGACGGCCUGUCGCAGUUCCCGGGCACGAUCCUGCACUCGCGCGAGUUCCGCAAGGAGGCGGAGUAUGCAGGCAAGCGCGUGCUCGUCGUCGGGUCGUUUGCGAGCGGAUCAGACGUGAGCCGGCUCAUCGCGCAGCUGAAUGUCGGGCACUACGAUGCGACUGGCGCCGCGCUGCACGACGACGGCGACAAGCUGCCCUUUACGCCCGUGUACCAGUCGUCGUCGGGCGUGCCGAACAUCAACAACGGGCUGCAGGACGGCAGCGAGCCGUGGAAUCCGUUCGUGGAGAACGUGCCGCUCAUCGAGCGCGUCGAGGGGGCGUCGGCGUCGUAUCCGAAGGGCAGGGUGUGGUUCUACCCCGAGGGCGCCGAGACGGACAAUGGCAUCGCGCGCGGGUCGCAUGCGCCGCUCGACGACGUCGACGUGAUCAUCUUCGCGACGGGGUACUACAACGCGCUGCCGUUCAUCAAGGGCGCCGACGCGCCGUGGCGCGAGCUCCGCCCGCUCGAGGACGAGAUCACAAAGGAGGAACGCGCCGGCGGCGCAGAGUGGGAGAUUGGCGGGCUGCGCGGCUGGGCCGUGCGUGGGCUGGAUCCCCUGCUUCUCUUCCUUGAGAACGACCGGACGAUCAUCUUCAACGUGUUACAAUACCAGAUCGCACCGUUCCCUUUUGCCGAGGUACAGGGCCGCCUGGCGGCGCUCCUGUGGGCAGGGCAACUGCCCAACUUCCCCGACGUGCCGUCGCCGCCGCCGAACCUCGGCAACCCGUACGUCGCGCAGCUUGCGCGCGCCGCGGCGGAGGGCGAAGCUGCCGACUCGUCGGCGCCGACACCGGCCCUGUCCGAGUCGGCAGCGUCGCGCGACUCGUCCUCGCCCUCCACGCCGUCGGAAGAGGCCCCGCCAGUCCAAGUGACAGAGAGCAAGGGCGAGCAGCUGCGCCACACGCACCGCAAGCGCAAAGAGUUCAUCUUUCCCAACCCCUACGAGCUGCACUGGACAUCGUACGUCUUCAGCCUCACGCGUGAGGGCGAGGACGAGAACACGGAGGACUACUGGCUCGGGAUUGAGCAGUGGCGCGCCGACCUGCGCAACGACGUGUUCCUGCUCGAGUGGGCCGACCUGCAAACCCUCGACCUCAACGACCUCGACGACGCCGCGCGCCGCCCCCUCGCCGUGGCUGCCGCGCGCAAGGGCCUGGCAGAGGACGGGUUCCUCUUCAUCACCGGCACGGGCGUGAGCACCGAGACGCUGCAGCGUAACCUCAGCAUUGCGAAGUUUCUCGUCGAGGGGUUGAGCCUUGAGGAGAAGACGCCGUGGAAAGCUGAUCUCGCCGCCGGGAGCUACAAGGGGUACAAGGUUGCUGGGGAGUGGAGUAGUCCUGCUCGUGGGCCUGACAAGGUCGAGCACUACAACUUCGAGUCGGCCUCCUUCACCGCCCCGCUCAACACACAGCACCCGCCCCAGCUGCUCCCCUUCAUCCCCGAGAUCAAGGCGUUCGCCGAGCACACGUACAACAAUGUAGUCUACCGCAUCCUCAAGCUCGUGAGCCUCGCGCUCGAGCUGCCCGAGGACUACCUGUGGGGGCUGCACGACCACAACGGUAACAUCGGGCACGCUUGCUCGCGGUACAUGGGCUACUACCCGCUCAGCGAUGCGGAAGCUGAGGCCGGCGACGGGGUGCUGAGCCGCGGCCACACGGACUACAACUCCAUCUCGCUCCUCUACUCGCAGCCCGUGAGCGCGCUCCAGCUGCUCACGAACGACGGGCAGUGGAAGUGGGUCAAGCACGUCGAGGGCGCCGUGGUGGUUAACACGGCGGACGCGCUCGACGCAGUCCUCUCCGGCGGCCUGUUCAAAGCCACGCGCCACCGCGUCGUCCGCCCGCCGCCCGACCAGCAGCAGCUGAUCCGGUACAUCCUGAUCCACUUUGCCCGCACGCGGCGCGACCUGCCUCUCGAGCCGGUGUGGGACUCGCCCGUGGUCAAGGCACACGGGAAGAACCAGUUCCAGGACCGGAUUGACGCUGGCGGCGCGGCGCCGACGCAGGACGAGUGGCUGCGUGAGCGCAUCCGCCGGACCGGGCACGAGGACUACUACAAGCAGAACACGCAGAACAAGUCGGACAACAACUGUACGGCACUGUCAGCAGUCAGCGAGCGAGUCAGCUGCCUCCUCCCGCGUCGAGGUCGUCGCAGCCGCGCACAUUUCCUAACUCCGGUAGGGAUCCGGAACGAUUCCAAACUCCAACAACUUGCAUCGAUCCACUUUGCGAAAGCCGAUAUCUGCGCCUACCGGACCGAUCAACGCGCUCGCUCGCUCGCAACAUCACGAAUGCCACCAGAAACCUCACGGCGCAAGGCGUCGCACGCGCAUGACGCGCCGCCCGGCCCGUGGAAGAAGCGGGGGUACGGGCAUACCUGUGCGGUAUGCCGCGAGCGCAAGAUCAAGUGUAUCGGGGCCGACGAGCCGCCGUGCAAGGGCUGCAGGGAGGCGAACACCAUCUGCCGCCCGGCGGUGCGGGUGCGCAUGACGAAGAAGCGCGCGGCCGAGGAGGAGGCUGCGCCGCGACGGCCCGCUGAGCCGUCGCCGGCGUCCUCGUCGCCCCGGACACACGCACACCACCCCGCCGCCGAGUCGCUCCUCCAGCUCAAGGGCGAGCACGAGCGAGCCCCGCCCGAGGCGGGCACGAUCUCGGUGCCCGUGUCGCUGCUCGCGUCGCUCGAGGCGCGUAUCCGCAAGCUGGAGGGCAGCGGCUCUGGCUCCGGCCCGCCGUCGCCGUCGACCUCGGUCGGGACAGAGCACCACGCCCACGCGCACCACCACCAACACGCACAGCCGACGACGCUCGGGUCGCCGCGGUACGAUGUCGGCUCGGCCGCGCGCCCAGUGUACCAUGGCGAGAUAUCGAUGUUUGACGAGGGCGCCGAGCGCGACGAGCGCGCCGCGUGGGGAGAGCGCAGCCCGAGCCCCGAGGCCGUGCGCGAGCGGGGACACCGCGCGUCUGCCGCCGACCAGCACGAGUGGUCGGACGAGUCGCUGCGCGCCGCUGCGCGCCUGCGGCACCGGUACGCGAGCGCCGAGGACGGCGAGAACUGGCUCGAGAGCUACUUUUGCUGGGCGAGCGCCGUCGACGGUGUGGUGCACCGCCCGAGCUUCAUCCGCGACAUGGCGCUGGACGGGCCGUACUUCUCCGACUUUCUGCUCGUCGCCAUCUACGUCACGGGUAUCCGGUUCACGACGGGGAUGGACGAGCGCGAGCGCGAGGCGCGGGGCGCGCACUACGAGGGGAUUGCGAUGAGCAUGCUGCCUGAGCAGAUUAUGAAGCCGGGGAGCAUAGCCUCCAUCCACGGCAUGCUCGUCCUCGCCGGGAGACAAAUGGGCGUCGGCAAGAUCCAACAAGCGUGGAUGAUCUUCGGGCUCGCGAUCCGCAUGAUGCAGGACAUGGGGCUGCAUUUGCCUGUGUCCGACCCGUCCAAGUUCAGCUCGGACGAGCUCGACAUGCGCGCGCGCCUCUUCUGGGGCGUGUAUGCGUGGGACAAGACGCUGAGCAUGGCGCUUGGGCGGGAGCCGUCGCUCGUCCACCGGCCGGGCAUGUCGACUGACGCGCUGCCGUCCGACACGGACGACGGGUUCGAGUGGCAGCCGCAUCUGCCGUGUAUCCGCCAUGCGCCGUACCCCCGCCAGCCGCUCCUCAAGACCUUCACGCUCCGCCACUACGCGCACCUGACCCUCAUCCUCGACUCGAUCCUCAACAACAUGUACUCGCCUGGCCGGCCACACCGGCGCAGCUUGGGCUUUGUGCAGAGCGCGGUGGAUCAGCUGGCCGAGUGGCGCGCCAACCUCCCCAGUGUGCUCAAGCUCGAGUCGGGCAACAUGCCCGAGGUGUGCCCCCCGCCGAAUGUCGCGACGCUCAACAUGUGCUACCAUACCAUCCGCAUCCUGGUGUACCGCCCACUCCUGGCCGACAACGCGCGACCGGCAAACUCGUCGCGUGCACUCAACACCUCGUCGACGCUCAACGACCAGACGGCGCUCCACCACUGCCGGGACGCGGCGAUCAACAUAUCCGAGAUCCUCCAGAUGUGGGGCCGGACAUUCGGCCACUACUCGCACCACUACACCAUCCUCUACGCCGGCUUUAUUGCCAGCUGCCUCGACAUUCUGCUGAUACGGUCUGCCGAGCCGGCCGUGCGUGACGAGGCUCUCGACCGGGUCAGGUACGUGCUCGAGGUGCUCGAGCAGUGCGUGGCGCAGGGUGGAUGUGUGCGCAAGGGCGUUAUCAACAUCCGGUCCCAGCUGGAUCGUGUGACCAAGGCGAGCUUGUCCCCUAGCCAGCAGUUGGCCAUUACGCCGUCGAAUGGCGGCGGUGCUCAACUUGGACUGCCUCCCCCACCGCCCGACUUUACGGCCCAGGUCGCCAACGUGGCGCUGCAGGGUCUCCCAGCCGGCUCGGGGCAGGUGUGGGCCCCCGAGAACGACUUUGGCUGGUUCACCGACGGCAACAUGUGGGACAUGCCCACGCUGCUCGACAUGCUCGGCGGCGGGCCCCUGGCCUAUGCUCAGGCGCUGAACAUUUCCAAUGUAAAUACAGGACUGUAA